UUUUAAUUAUUUUCACGGAUUUGAAGAGCUUGAAGUGUUUGUUGGUUCAUCUGAAUGAAGUUUUACUGACAAACUUUACAUCAGUGGGCCGGAGGGCUUUUAUUUUGAAGGCCGUCAGUGAGGCCGGAUGUUUCCGUACAGCAGGUGAGCUAACAGCUAACGGCUAACAGUUACCUGAGAUAAAGUGCGUCCCGUCCCGGUGCAGCUGACCCCGCGGACUGCAGCCGGCAGCGGACACUCACCUCCACCUGUCUCAUGCUGCCGCACGCCUGAAUAAGCUUCUGGAAGCUGCUCGUGCACGCGCACAGUCUCCAUGGCUACGGAAGAGUUCUACGAGGUGGAGCGUAUCGUGGACCGGAGGAAGAAUAAGAAGGGGAAGGUGGAGUACCUGGUCAGGUGGAGGGGGUACGGCUCGGAGGGGGACACCUGGGAGCCUGAGGGUCACCUGUCCACCUGUAUGAUCUACGUCCACGACUUUAACCGUCAGUACGGCGAGCGGCAGAGAGACGCCACCUUCUUGCGCUCCACCCGCAGCUCGCCCAGCCACCUGUCCAGCCCCGCCCACAGAUUGCCCUGCAGGUCCCCUGCCGCUGCUCGCAACAACCUCAGCGCAGGUUUCAGUGGCUGUGAGCAAGUGAGACCUCAGCUCCUCCCUGCCGGGCCGCCCCGCCCUGCCUCUGUCAGCUCCCUGCAGCCCUCGCCGGUUGCCAGGUUCAGCGGCAGCCUGAUGUCAGCGUCUCCGGUGGGCUCAGCCCGCCGCAGCGUGGACCUGUCCAAAACCGGCAUCAAGAUCCUGGUCCCCAAGAGUCCGAUCAACAGCCGGCUGGACUCGGAGGACUCGCACAGCGAGGCGGCUCACGGCCUGGAGGCCGGCGCUCAGGAGGCGCACCUGGUCCCCCCAGAGGUGGCGCUGCUGGAGAAGCCUGCCGGAGUCCAGCUGGGCCCUGGGGAGGAGAGGGCCCGCAUGGGGACCAGACCCCGCAGCCAGAACCCCCCCGCCCCGCCCCCAGGGCCCAUCACACCUGCUGCCAUGCGCUCCCUCAGCGGCACAGUCGACUCGCCAAUGAUGGAGGCCGUUGCCGCUAACGGGAUGUCGAGUGUGCAAAGCACCGUCACUGGGGCGACUGGUGCGCUGGGGAAGCGGCGGCUGGAGGAGCGUUCAGCCUUCGACAAACGUCUGCGGUUCAGCGUUCGGCAGACGGAGAGCGCCUACCGAUACCGCGACAUCGUGGUCAAGAAACAGGACGGGUUCACCCACAUCCUGCUGUCCACCAAGAGCUCCGAGAACAACACGCUGAACCCCGAGGUGAUGAAAGAGAUCCAGAGUGCCAUGGCGACCGCAGCGUCAGACGACAGUAAGCUGGUGUUACUCGGCGCAGUCGGCAGCGUGUUCUGCUGCGGCCUUGACUUCCUGUACUUCAUCAGGCGUCUGACAGACGACAGGAAGAAGGAGAGCAUCAAGAUGGCCGAAACCAUUAGGACCUUCGUCAACACUUUUGUCCAGUUCAGGAAGCCGAUCGUGGCGGCAGUAAACGGGCCGGCGCUCGGCCUUGGUGCUGCCAUCCUGCCGCUCUGCGACGUGGUGUGGGCCAAUGAGAAGGCGUGGUUCCAGACGCCAUAUGCCGCCUACGGCCAGACGCCCGACGCCUGCUCGACCUUCACCUUCCCCCGCAUCAUGGGCCUAGCCUCGGCUAAUGAGCUGCUGCUGAGUGGCAGGAAGCUGACAGCGCAGGAGGCGUGUUCGAAAGGUCUGGUGUCUCAGGUUCUCUGGCCGGGAACCUUCACACAGGAAGUGAUGCUGCGAGUCAAAGAGCUGGUGACAGUCGACUCGCUGGUUCUGCGGGAGUCCAAAGCUCUGAUGAGGAACACGAGCCGCGGCGCUCUGGAACAAGUGAACGAGCGCGAAUGUGAAGCCCUGAAGAGAGUCUGGGGCUCCUCGCAGGGAACCGACUCCAUUCUGCAGUACCUGCAGAGGAGGACCGAGCUCUGCUAGGACCUGGACCAGGAGCUGGAACAGGAACAGGAUUUGAACCAGGACCUGGACUAGGAUCUGAAUCAGGACUUGGACCUGGACCUGGAUGUGAACGAGGACCAGGAUCUGAACCAGGACAUGGACCGGGACCAGGACCUGGACUAGGAACUGAAUGGGAGCAGAACUCGGCAGCUCUGAGUUGGACAGGAAAGCGGUUCUGACGACAUUUAAAUUAUAAUCUCUGACGUUCUUUUCAUCGUCUGGUUCUCGCAUCUGAUCCAUGCUAAGCUAGGCUAACAGUUUCUCUCUGCUGCCAGUCUUUGAGCUAAGCUAGGCUUUCUUUUACCCCCUGCUUCCAGUAUUUGUGCUAAGCUAGGCUUACAGUUUCCCUCUGCUUCCAGUCUUUGUGCUAAGCUAUGCUAACAGGUUCCCCCUGCCUCUAGUCUUUGUGCUAAACUAGGCUAACAGUAGGACCUCUGUGAGAACGAGACGAUGUAUAAAAUGUUGGACUGUUCCUUUAAGUGGAGGUGACCUUUGACCUCUGAUGAAUUUCUACCUGGAGGAGGAAGAGGAAGUGAACUAAAGGUGACAUCAUAUUUCCUGUUUGGUCAUAAGACGAUGUUUCACAGAUCUUAUAACCAGGACCAGGACCAGGUCUGAGCAGGACCAGGGACACAUCUGAAUAAUUGUUUUUUAGUUUAAAAACUUUAAACUGAAAUUAAAUUGUAUUUUUCUGUCUGUAAAUCACUUCUUGUUGUCAGU